UCAUUGGCCAAAAGGAAAGAGUUGACCUGCCUACAAGAAGACAAACCUGGUGGUAAAAAAUUGAGACGUUUAGGGCCAAGCCUUCCAGAGGUUCGUCAUAAAUUGCUGAUAUUUAACGAUUGCUCUAGCUUCACAUUGGCGGGUCUAUGCUAUGUAAAUGCAAAUAUUACUUGAUAAGGAGCAGACUUCCUAGGGCUACACGUUUAUACUAUACAUUGUCCUGUUGUGAUUAUAUUCACUAUCUUUGUUAUUUAUAUUUAGCAGAACCUUCAAUCUGUAACCUGUCCUUAGUAUUUUUCUCAUUUAGAUCUGGCACAUGCCAUCCUCGCCCAGCUGAUAAUCGAAGCAUGACACGCUAUUUUCUAUGAAGGGUGCUUCUUGAUAUUUGGUAGUUCAAUAAGCGUUCCAUUAUGUGUCCACUAUCACUUCCAUCCAGAAUCUGGGUGUCUAUAUCACCACUAGUUUGGAUGUUGAUGUUGUUUGAGACUACUAGUUCGAAUGUUGAUGUUGUUUGGGAGUCUAUAUCCAACCACUAGUUUGAAGUUUAAACGUAUCGUAACUGAUACAUUUCUACACUGUUGAAUGAUUGCGCCAUGAUCUAGAGCAUGCUUGGUUUAAUGCUCAGUUUUGUUUUACCAAAAGUAGUGCAAAAUAAAAUUGAGGCAGAACAAAUGUGAGUUCAAACAUGGGUAUUAGCAAACUUUAGAGAGACCAAGUGAAGGCCAUUUUUUGCCCUAAGGUGCCUAGAUUCCACAAGGAAAGAUUAGAAGUUAUUUAAGUGCUACUCUGAAAGCUUUCACUGUCUUCAUGGUUUGGAUUAAGGUGUUGAUUUCAUUACAGUGCUUCCUAACUCUAGUAAAAAAUAAAGAUUAAACUGCAUAUCCUAGUAACUGUAGAAUGACAUUCUAUCUGGUCUGUGUAAUUUGUUAUCCUCUCACCUUAGUUACCAACACACAUGUCACGUAUCUUCACUGUAGCUGCUAGCGCUAUUGCAUUCUAUUACACGGGCUUCUAGAUAUAUUUAUAAAUAUUCAGAUACAAUUAUAAUACUACUAUUUAGUAUUUGUAACCUAGCUGAAGUUACAUGUUCAGUUAUGCCUUUUGUUGUUGCAAAACUGACUUGUUUAUCACGAUUGUGCAACAUACCACAUCCAGUGCAUCUUGUUUGACUAAAAUGAACUAGCAUUGUUGAAUGUUGGUUACUUGAUGCACAUUUCGUGGAUGGAUUGCACAUUACUUGAUCCAUAUAAGUCACUAACAGCACUUCUUAGGAAAGCCACUAAUAAUAGUGUUGCGGGAAGGAUCUUCUCUGCGCAAUCCUCAAUCUAACUGCUGCAAUGCACUUUACUUUGCGGAAGCACCUAGUUCCGAAUGGAAAUCUGGGCUCAUAUACAUUCUCUGCUGUCCCUGCGAGAUGUUGCACGUGCUGCCUGCGUGUCACACUUGUUUCAACGUUCCUGGAAAUGCCAUCCCGAUCUCACCUUUAGUAAGGAAACAAUCUUCAAUGAAAACCUGUACAGAAAGAAUAAAACAUCAGAUGAAACAACGAGCAAUGGUGUGAAGGCACUCAGGCUUGUCAGGAUAAUUUACCACAUUCUGAAAAACCACUCAGGCAAUGGUGUGAAGGCACUCAGGCUUGAAAUAGAUGAUGUUGCCAAUAUUAGCGCAUGUUAUCUUAAUGAUUGGCUUCACCUUGCUAUUAAGCCAGGGAUUGAAGAACUUGCCCUUUUGCUGCAUGAUGACUUGGAUUACAACUUUCCAUACUCAGUUUUACUUAAUGGGAGUGCAAACACAAUUCGGGAUCUUCGUCUCAGCAGUUGUGUCUUCCGUCCCGUGGCUGGAUUUAGUAGUUGCCUAAGAAGCCUGACUAGUCUAGAAUUGUCUGAAGUGUAUAUUACCGGGGACGAGUUAGGGUGCCUUCUUUCCUCUUCUUUUGCUUUGGAGGAAUUGGUACUCGCGUAUUGCAAAGAGAUAACUUGCCUCAAGAUACCUUGCGUGCUCCAACGGCUCAGCCAGUUGGUGGUCACUGACUGUGAAAACCUUGAAGUUAUAAAGAGCAAAGCUCCUAAUCUCACCGUUUUUGAAUACACUGGUGGCGUAGUAGAAGUGUCAAUUGGAGAUGCGGUGCUAGACAUUAUGAUUUCAGCUUCUGGUUGGAACGUUGUUCAUUAUGCUCGCGCCAAGCUUCCACAGAUGGUCCCAAAUCUUGAAACCCUUGACAUAACCUCAUCUUUGGCGACAGACAUACCGUUUUUACCUGGCAAAUUCCUCCACCUCAAGCACUUGUGUAUUUCUUUCAUGGUAUCAGCAGGGGCUUUUUGCCCAGACUAUGAUUACUUUUCUCUUGUUUCUUUUCUUGAUGCUUGUCCUUCCUUGGAGACCUUGAUGUUGUCUGUAACACAAGAGAUUGUAGAGCAUGAUUCAGUUUUAGGUGAUUCCUCACAUCUAAGGCAGAUGCCAGGACACUGCCAUGCCAGCAUCAAGGAUGUGAAGAUCAUCGGUUUCUGCUCUGCGAAAAGCAUGGUUGAGCUAACAGUCCAUAUUCUUGAGAACGCGGUUUCACUGGAGCGCCUUACACUGGACACUGUCUGUUAUGAUCUUAGCUGUUCGGAUGGUGCUAGUAAAUGCUCAGUCGGGCAUAAAAAUAUGAUCACAGAAGCCCAUAAAGCGCUCGUGGUUGUGAGAAGUUACAUCUUAGAGAAAGUUCCAUCUACAGUUGAGUUAAACGUUGUGGGGCCUUGCAGCCAGUGCCAUGCCGUUGAGAAUUAAUUGUCAAAUUAUCAUGAUUUUUUAUGUUUAAUCAUGUAUCGUUACAUGUUCGUUUCAUUAAGUUAUCUCGCCGAUUA